AUGGAGACUCUGUCCUUCCCCAGAUACAAUGUGGCGGACCUUCUGGUCCAUAUUCGUAAUAAGAUCCUAACAGGACCCGAAGGCAAAAACCUCUCCAAAUCUGACCUGUAUCCAAACCCUAAGCCCGAGGUCUUACAUGCCAUCUACAUGCGGGUGUUGCAGAUGGUCUACGGGAUUCGCCUAGAGCAUUUCUAUAUGCUGCCAGUCCGCUCUGAAGUGGCAUAUCCUCAGAUCAUGGAAGGCUUCCUGCCUGUCAGCAACCUGUUCCUUCACCUGGACACAUUAAUGCCCAUCUGCCGGGUCAAUGAUUUUGAGAUCGCAGAUAUUCUCUAUCCAAAGGCCAAGCGGACCAGUAGGUUCCUGAGCGGCAUCAUCAACUUCAUCCACUUCCGGGAGGCCUGCCGGGAGACAUAUAUGGAGUUCUUCUGGCUAUAUAAAUCAUCCCUGGACAAGUUGCAGCAGCUGAAUAGUGCACACCAGGAGGCACUGACCAAACUGGAGCGGUUGGACUCCAUUCCUGUGGAAGAGCAGGCUGAGUUCAAGCAGCUGUCGAAUGACAUUCAGGAGCUGCAGCAGGCGCUGAACCAGGACUUCAGGCAGAAAACGAUCGUGCUGCAGGAGGGGAACGUACAAAAGAAAUCCGCCAUUUCUGAGAAAACCAAGCACCUGAACGAGCUGAAACUGUCCCUGGUGUCAUCGAAAGAAUUGCAGGAAAGUCUGAAGACCAAGAUCGUGGAUUCUCCCGAGAAGCUCAGGAACUACAAGGAGAAGAUGAAGGACACAGUGCAGAAGCUCAAGGCUUCCCGGCAAGAGGUGAUGGACAGGUUCGACGUGUACCGGGACUCGGUGGAGGGGCUGCCAUCCUGCCAGCUGGAGGUGCAGUUGUACCAGAAGAAGGUGCAGGAGCUGGCGGGCAGCCGCGACAAACUGGCACAGAUGGCCAAGGAGAGCCUGAGUCUGGAGGACCAGAUCGAGAGUGCUGAGUCGGCCGUGAAGAAGCUGAAGGCGGAGGAAGCGGCACUGCGGCGGCUGCUGGUGGUGCGGAAGGAGAAGUUGGCAGCAGCGCAGUUUCGACUGAAACGGAAGCUGGAGGAUGCUGAACGGCACAAGCGCACCGUCAUCGAGCACUGUGACCGGGUGCAGGAGCAGCGCGGGGCCGUGUGCCAGCGUGUGGGCUCCCUCACGCAGGAUGGGCAGCGCAUCAAGCUGGGCAUCCAGCAGCUGAAGGACACUGCUGAGCGCGAGAAGCUCAAAGCUCGCGAGAUCUUUGUCAGCCUUCGAGCUGCACUAGAGAAGUACCAUGAGGGGCUGGAGAAGGCGGCCGAGCAUGGCUGUGCCCAGGUGCAGGAGAAGGCAGCGGUACUGAAGGCACGGCUGCUGUGCCCGGAGACCUCCUGAGGGGGGGCACGGACCAGGUCUGAGGUGGGAUGAUGAUGCUUUUCAUGUAGAUGUUUGUUCGCUUGAAAUUAAAGGGACAUGUGUGUGUCUGAGAU